AGUUGAGUUUGCUUUUCGACUGCUUGCUGAACUGUGGUGUUGUGGCUUUGCUGCUGCUGUUGCAAAGAGAGAGAGUGCGUUCGCGAGGAAAAACGUUUCAUGUUAUUUUGACCCUGUGCAAAGCGCGUAUUUGGAAUAUUAUAAGCUGUACGGACUUCCGUAAAAAUAUCCCGUCGAAGCACCUGGAAUCAUGUCAGAUUCGAAUACUACAGAAACAGCAGCCGCUCCGACGGAAGUUGAGGCGAAAACGCCGACCAAACGCACGCCAUCCAAGCGUAAAGACGCAUUCCAGAAGGAAAGCGAAGAGCUGCUGAAAAACAUGGGCAUGGAUCCGUCGGAAGAAGGUGGUCGUCGCCGUACUCGCGCAAGCACACGUGGUAUCAAUUCGACACCAGCCACUCCGGCGACUCCGCCGGCAAAGAAGUCCCGUAUGGCGGCUACUCCCUCCCGACGGGGACGAGGGAAAAAGGAUGAUGAUGAGGAAAAGUCACCCGAAGGCGAUACCAAGACUCCCAAAAAGAGGGGACGGCCAGCCGCUAAAGACACGGAAGAGGAAGAUGAAAAGAAAGAUGACGAACAGGAGCCAAAGAAGGAGGAAGAAUCAAAGGAUGAAGCUGAUGCUACGACAGAAAAGGAAGAAGCCAAAGCAGAGGCUGCUGCAGUGCAUGAUGAGGCAGAGGAAAAGGAAGCUGAUAAGGUUGAUGCUGUUGUAAAUAGCACAGACAAAAAAUCGGAGGAACCAGCUCCGGAAAAAAUGGAAGUCGAUGCUGAAGAAACAGAACAGAAUGAAACUCAGGAUGAAAAGCACACAGGCGAAACCACAGACUUAACAGCUGAAGAACCAGCCACGGAAGAAUCUAUUCCUGCCGCUGCUGUCGCCGAAGUUGAAGAGUCGGAACCAGUCACAGAGCCAGAGCCCGAGCAACCCAGCGUGGUCGCAGAGGAACCUGCUGCUGAAACACCCGCUGAAGAACCCCAGCAAAACUCGUCUCCAACACCACCUGCUGCAGAAUCAGUUCCAGUUGAGGCGGAAGGUAACGGUAACUCUACGCCCGAAGAGGAGGACCCUGUCGUAGAAGAACCGGCGGUGGUAGCGAAGGAAGCAGUAACCCCCGUUAACGAUGUCAGUAGCACAGAACCGGCCCAGAAGACGAAUGACGUUGUGCCGGUGGAGAAUAAUGUGGAAGAGACGAAGCUGGAUACUAUUGCAGAACCCAAAAUCGUACCGGCGGAGGCGGCAGCUGUUGUCGAACCAACGGCAGCACAGUAGACUAAUACGGACGGAGGGUACCUUUUUGCAUCUAAAAAGAUACUAACGUUGAUCAUCAUUUCCUUCACAAUUUCUUCUGUUUUGGAAAGCUAACCACCACCACACAACAGAAAAAAAAACAAAAAUACUGCAUUCAGUCAAAUGGCCCCACAACAGAAUGGAGAGACAGAAGGGGAUCAACAGAGAGAGAGAACUCUACUAUGCGGCAAGACGUCAACGACUGCAAAUGUGCAUUUCUCACUAUUUCCUUCAAUUUCUUUAAAAAAUCUUCUCUUUCUGGCGAACUCCUUCCUGCAAUGUCCCUGAAGUACUUGCAAGCCAAGUAAUUUGAUUUAAAAUUGUUCUUAUUUUUUUUUGCUUAACGAUAAGCAGCUACUCUCUCGCAACUUUUACGUAACGAGUACCCUCGUAAGGUUUUACGUUUCAUUCGCAUCUAUUUUAGAAAUUUGGACUAAUUAGUAACGACCUUUGUAGAUGCAAAACAAACCUAAAAUAACAGAAGGAAGAUGUAAAAUAUACACUAAACACAGAUUUAUUCAUUAAUAAGCAAACAGAUCGAUAGAAUUAGGCAAUAUGGAUGUUUUCUUCUCUUUUUUUUUGUUUGUUCAAAAGUCAAACCAGAAUUUAGCACACUGCUAUAGAAUUAUGUACGGAACCUGUUGUAGCAAUUGAGACGAUUACAAAGCAACAAAAUCGUGUAUGAUAGCAAAUAAGCGCAACCCUUGAGAACACUCCAAGGCUAGCGAAGCAUCUUUUGAAUGUAGAAUUUAUCAUUUGCUGACUUUUUGAAUCCCCCGUCCCUUCCAUUCACAAAAUCCACAAUAGUUUAGUAAAGCUGCACCGGUAAUAUACUGUUCGAGUCGUUAUUUUUUCAACUGAUACCUGAACUUGUCUGAAUGGCGCAAUACAAGAAUACGGGCGAUAUAAUACAAGUAUUCGCUGCAGUUAGGCUUACCUAGGCAGCAUAGAACGACUAGUUUUGGCUCUUGUAAAGUUGGCUCACUAAGAUCACCGAGCGAGUACUUGUCGGAAAUUGAUUUCUUCGGGCAGAAACAACUGAUCUAAUAGAAUUUCAGCUUAAUUUUUGCCAUCUUAGAGAUACAAUUUAUACAAUUUAAUAUUGGUAAAACUGAAAAAAUAUAUGAAAAACUAUACAAAAACGA